UGUGAGCAAGACUCACAUACACUGACUGCUCAGUUGCGCAGUCAGUAUACUGAGGUCUGCUCAGAGAGAGAGAGAGAGAGAGGAAGAGAAGACAAGAGGCAGAGAACAGCCACUGGUUGCUUCUAGACACUCAAGCUCAAGAAGGGCACAGACAGCCUGACCUAUGUGUGGCUCCUCACAAGGCUUUACAGCCGCCUCUUCAUGUACCUCAAUCAUGUUAACCUCAGAGAAGUCAGCUCAAACUGUGGGUGCCACUGCAGGGAUGCCAGGAAAACACGAUGUUGAUAUGACAUCAUGGAGCGAGGCAGACUUUGAGGAGAACUGCACUUACAUCGUGAAGGACCAACCUCUGGAAGGCGAGUCCGAAAACAACUGCAAGACACGAGCUGAGAGAUCGUUGCCCAGGAACCUGGCCCUGAAACGCUGCCACGACUCAGCAGAGGUGCUUGGGGUGAUGACUAAGGAGAUCAUUCCGAAGGGAACACGUUUUGGCCCUUUGGUGGGGGAGAGCUACACCAACGAAACUCUGCCGAAAGACGCCGACAGGAAGUACUUUUGGAGGGUCUUCUCAGAGGGGCGCUUACACCACAUUCUGGAUGGGCUGAAUGAAGAGCGGAGCAACUGGAUGCGUUACGUCAAUCCAGCAUGCUCUGUGGAAGAGCAGAACCUGGUUGCAUGCCAGAGUGGCUUGGACAUCUUCUUCUACACCACCAAACGGCUUCAGCCAGGCCAGGAGCUUCUGGUGUGGUACUGCUCUGAGUUUGCCCAGCGUUGUAACUACCCUCCACUGGGACAGCUGGCUAUCGACAAAAACGAACAGAGUCCAGCGAAGAAGACAACAAGGAAACGAGGUCAUACAGUCUCUGAAAUCCUACAAGACGACCCCUCCAAAUCCCCUUCUAACUGCAUCAGACGUCUAGACAGUUUUUUGCCUCAGACAAAUGUCUCAGCAGAUUUUCCUUUAUGUCCCAGCGUUGUCUACCCACCUCAGCCUAUCUCCGAAUCUAUGCAUGCUAAUAGAUAUGCAUUUCUACCACCUCUGCCAUCCUGUAGCCCUCCAGCUGCCAAAAGGCAAGCACUAAGCAUUCCUGUCCCUGCUAAUGUCCACUUUGCCUUUCAGCACAGUCAAGGCCCUCCCGUAGCAAAGCCUUACCAAGAUCCCUGUAUGCCCGAUAUCGCUAACUCUACUCUAAUGCACGGCCCCUAUCUACUGCCCCACUACUCACUUGGCCUUCUACCUCAUUCAUAUCCAUUCUACCGUGAUAGACUGAAAUCUCACUUGGCAGUCUCACCCCAUGUAUCGCCCUUUCACAACUAUGCACAUUUUCAAUCGCCUUUAACCAGCGGUUGCAAAGACUUGACACGUGCACUUUCUGAUUCCAAACCAGACCUCUUUCUUUCACCAAUCCGUGAGCACAGAGACAACAAGGACCUCAUAUCCAAAAGAAGAGCCUACCUCAGCAUCCCCUCACACGACCUCAGAGAUUUCAAACACUCCCCUCCCACCAACAUUCACACAGACCUCGCUAUGCCUGCCACAUCCACCGCCUCAUCUAUGGUCACUAAAAUCCAUGAAGCACAGCCUUCUCUCGCUCCUGGAGGAUGCUCGCCGCAAGAGGGAAUGGCAGCCUCCUCAAACUGCCUCCCUUCCAAUUUUACCUCUGCCACGCAAAGUGAAGCUGAGGAUGCAAUGGACCUAAGCAAGACAAAGCAAAGCGGGCAGAUAAUUGGCUACAAGACCCUGUCCUACCCUCUGAUGAGGCAGAAUGGAAAGAUCCGAUAUGAAUGCAACAUCUGUGGAAAGGUCUUUGGGCAGCUGUCUAACCUUAAGGUUCAUCUGCGAGUACACAGCGGGGAGCGUCCCUUCAGGUGUCAGACCUGCAAUAAGAACUUCACACAGCUAGCACACUUGCAGAAACACUACCUGGUUCAUACAGGAGAAAAGCCCCAUGAAUGCAAGGUGUGCCACAAGCGAUUCAGCAGCACUAGUAACUUGAAGACCCACCAGCGGCUACACUCAGGUGAGAAGCCUUACCAUUGCAAGCUCUGCCCUGCUCGCUUUACUCAGUUCAUCCACCUCAAACUCCACAAGCGCCUCCACACUGGCGAGCGACCACACCGUUGUCCUCACUGCCCCUGUGCCUAUCUCCAUUACUGCAGCCUCCAAGUGCACCUCCAAGGCUUCUGCCCUCUCUUGCCCUUGGCCUCACACAGAUACUCGUCAGAGGAGCUAUGUCGAGUUAACUCUGAGAUUGAGAGGUUUGACGUGAGUGAGGCAGCAGAGGAGCUUGAAGCCAUGGCUGCAGAGGUUGAUAUGGACAAGGGGAAUGUUACCGACCUAAUACAGAAGAUAGAGACCCGUGUCUCGGGCCACCGGGAUGCUGACAGAGGGGAGUCUGAGAGAACCAACUACAAAUCAGCAAAAGAGCGCUCGGGUGUUCAGCUGCAUCACAGCAGUCCUGUACCUCUGCAUCCAGCCAGCAUCAAGCUGGAGUCAAGCUGCAUAACAGAGCCCUAAGACAGCCCUGCUAAUCCAUCCAUAUAAUCCUUACAGGUCAACUCAGCAGCUGUCUGUUACUGCCCUAUUUGAAGUAAAGCCUUAUCUCAAUCAUGGAUUUCCUAGCCUAUACUCUACAUAGACCACAGCAUGUGAAAAAUCAAGACUUAACCAGCCUGGCCUGGAAAAAAGUGACUUUUUAAAAAAAUAAAUGUAUAGAUCUUUGUUAAUUUAUUCAAUUACUUUUAAUCUAAAAUGUACAAAAAAACACAUUUUUUGAUAUUUUGACUUUUAUAUCUCUGGAAUGUCUUGAUGGAACAACUACACAUGUGAUUAUGCAUUAAAAAUAACAAAGAUGUUUGCUUUAAAAUGUGGUUUUUAGUGUGAGACUGAAUGUUUCUGUUUUUGUAUGUAUGCGUAAUUGUGUCCCUUGAGUCAAGUAACUAUUACUGUACAAGCAUGACUUUAUAUUGUAAGUGGGUUAAGCACUGAAAUGACAGCAAAAAGAAACCUCAACUUGCCUUCUGGGUGAGUAUACAGUGCUGAAUCGGAGUUGCAGAUAAACAUCCUGUUAUGAGUCUUGGGAUACUCACAACCAGUAAAUACCAACCCGUCAUCAUGGAAG